UUCUUCUUCAACAUGGAGGAGAAUAGAAACCCACCAAAAAGUUACCACUUUUUUCACCCUUUUAAAUCUCCCAACAUUAGUACUAGGUUCAAAUCCAACAUACAUCACCAGAAAAAGCAAAAACAGGACAACAUAUCCAUGGAAGAGACUGUCUCUUUGAUCCUUGAAGGUUGUAAGUUAGCCAAAGACCUUGAAUCAAACUUAGAAAACUUAUCCAAACAACCCCAUUUGCUCUUCAACUCAUGCGAUCAUCUUGUCAAGGUUUUCGACAACGCGAAGAAGCGUCUUCAAUGUACUUAUGAUCGGCCACAUGAACAACAACAACCACAGCAUCUACAAAUGGAUGCAAGUUUGCAGGAAUGGUUGCAAUCGAAUUAUACGCAAGCAAUGGAUAUACUUCAAACACAGCUUUUGGUUGAAAGGAGCUCCAUUGAUACUGCAAAUAGGAUGAGAAAUAAUGCUGGAGAUGAUCAUGAUCAGCAAUUGCAAGGUGGUGGAAAUUUGAACGUUCCGGCUAUGGAUGUAACAGUGUUUCCAGGUGGGAGUUUUGCUGGUCCUUCUUCUUCUUCUUCCUCGCAAAGACCGCGAAAGAGAAAGGAAAGCAUGGAUAUUCGAAUAGAGAGAAUGGAUGCUCCAAGGAUUGGAAAUACUGAAAUCCCACCGGAGGAUGGUUUCACUUGGAGAAAAUAUGGUCAGAAGGAGAUCAUGGGCUCAAAAUUUCCAAGGAGCUACUACAGGUGUACCCACCAAAAGUUGUACCAAUGCCCUGCUAAAAAACAAGUCCAGAGACUUGACGAUGACCCUUAUAUAUUCGAAGUAAUUUACCGCGGUAACCAUACUUGCCACAUGUCAGCCACCGCUCCGUCGGCUCUACCACCACAACAGCCGGUACCAUCGGAAAUUACACAAGGCAUGUCCCAAUUAGCCAUGACCACCACUAGUACUACUAGUGCUAGUACUACUGCUUUUCCUCUAGGCAGAUCAUGGCUUUCUAUGGAGUUUGGUAGAGGUGGAGGAGGCAGCAGUAGCAGUGGAGCCGGUACGUCCACCAGUCGUUAUGGUAAAGAAGCUGAAGACGCAGUUAUUGAUCUGGCAGAUGUUAUGUUUAAUUCUGGUGGUAGUAGCAGCAACACUAUGGAUUUUAUAUUCCCUUCCAUUGACAAGUGGGACUCAGAAUCUGGGGACAAGAAAGACACAGACAAUGCCAACACAAAGAAAGUGUAAGGGAAUAGUAAAAUGAGAGUAGAGCAGGUUGACAACAUAGGCUUCCUCUUGCAGAAGUUCAAAAACGAAGCAAACCCGGUAGGAUACUAAAGAAGAUUUUUCUUUGUUUAAUUUUAGGAUAACUAUAUUUUAUCUUCUCAAUUACAUUUUGAUAUUUUUAACUUUUAAGUUUUACAAUUUAAGCUUUCAGUUUUAAAAUUAAUAAUUUAAACUUUUAAUUUUUCAA